GACACGAGAGAAAAGAUGGCGGAUGGCCGUCUGUUCUGAGCAGUCUCUGUUCCCGUCUCUUAGUAUUUAUUCGGCCGGAAACGGUGACGUUUUGCAGUGUUUGCACCGGGCUGAGAGCGAGCUCUCAUCGGCCGAGGAUGAACCGUUGACGACGCGGCCGCUUCUCAGUUUUACCUCAGCAAUGUUCGACGGCAUUUUCAAGGCGUCAACUCUCGUCCAACUCUGCCUCGUCCUUUUUUCCAACGUGCAAACCCAGCUCCUCAUCAACGUCAAAAACCAGGGCGGCGAUGUUCUGCAGGAAACGAUCACUGCGAAUGUCACCGACGACACGGUGACCCUGGAAUUUCAGAGAUCCGACGGGACUCUCAUAACUCAACUUAUAGAUUUUCGAACGGAGGUCCAGAUCCUAAAGGCACUGGUGCUUGGCGAGGAGGAGCGUGGACAAAGUCAGUACCAAGUCAUGUGCUUCGUCUGCCACGUGAACAAAGAUGAAUUUAUAUCCUCCGACGCUAUGUCGAAACUCCGACAGGUAAGGAUCUGAACUUUUUCCGUAUUU